UUUUACCCUUCUCUCUCUCUCUCUCUCUCUCAUCCUUGUUCCCCUCUCGCUCUUCGAUCCCAAAUAGACGACGAGCUCUCUCUCUCUCUCUCCUUGGAGAGGAACAGGGAACAGUGGUUCCUUUCCUUCCUUUCUUGAAAUUGCAUGUUCCUGCGUCAAAUACUUUGCCGUUCUUUUUGAAAUCGAGGGUUCUUGGCGUCAGAUUUGGCGAUUCUUCUGGAUUUCAGGGUCUCCGUUUUUUUCUUUGCGAAAUGGUGCGGUGAAUCAGUUUCGAGGUGGGUUUGAGGGGAGAGGGUCGAGUGAAUUGGGGAGGAGAGAAAUAUGUAUAGGGAGAGGGCAGGGAGCGGGUCGAAGGCGGAGAUUGGAGCUGUGGAUCGGAAGCGGAUCAACGAUGUCCUCGACAAGCAUCUGGAGAAGUCCCCUCCGUCCGCUUCGAGGGGUUUGAACAGCAAGGAGAAGGAUAGGAUGUUGGUGCCAUCGACGUCUUCCGGAAAGCAGCCGGAGCCCCGGUCCUUGUUGAAAAGCAAGUGCUCAGAUGAAGAAUCAGAAACAGAUAGUGAAGAGUCGGAUGUUAGUGGUUCUGACAUGGAAGACACAUCUUGGAUUUCUUGGUUCUGUAAUCUAAGAGGGAAUGAGUUUUUCUGCGAAGUUGAUGAUGAGUACAUACAAGAUGAUUUCAACCUAUGUGGGCUAAGCAGUCAAGUUCCAUAUUAUGAUUAUGCUCUAGAUCUGAUCUUGGAUAUAGAGUCUUCUCAUGGGGACAUGUUCACCGAGGAACAAAAUGAGUUGGUUGAAUCAGCAGCAGAGAUGCUUUAUGGUUUGAUUCAUGUUCGAUAUAUAUUAACCAGUAAAGGAAUGGCAGCAAUGCUUGAGAAGUUCAAGAACUAUGAUUUUGGAAGGUGUCCUCGAGUUUACUGUUGUGGUCAGCCCUGUCUUCCUGUUGGGCAAUCAGACAUUCCUCGAUCAAGUACUGUGAAAAUAUAUUGUCCCAAAUGUGAAGAUAUAUACUAUCCAAGAUCGAAGUACCAAGGCAAUAUUGACGGAGCCUACUUUGGCACAACAUUUCCUCACCUGUUUCUCAUGUCUUAUGGGCACCUCAAGCCACAAAAGCCAUCGCAACGGUAUGUUCCUAGGGUAUUUGGCUUUAAACUUCACAAACCAUGACAAUGGAGUUGAGCCGCCAGAUGAAUAGAAUUCCAUUGUGUUUGGAAGAUUUUCAGAAUGCAGCAAGUGUUACCAUAUCCUAAUUGUUUAGAAAAUAUCUAUAAUGGGCUGUCCCAUUGUUCAUGUUGUUUUAUCGUAAUCUUUGAAUUACUGAGCAACUGUAACUUUUUAUGGUUGAUUAUUAACUUCCAUGCUACAA